CGGCGGAGGCACUGCGGCGCCGCCGCCCGAGCUACACGAGCCCGCUGAUUGGCACCCCAGCUCGCCGCUGUCCUGUCGCCAGGACAGUGGCGCCAGCGACAGCGGCCACAUGCCGCCGUCGCCGGGACGCGCGGCCGCGCUGACCAGCGAGCUGCGCGCCGAGGUGGAGCGCCGCCUGGCCGCCAGCGCACCCGCUGGCGCGCGCCUCGGCGCACUGGAGCGCCGCGCCGCGGCCGCAAAGCCUGGCGCGCUGGGCCGCGGCGGCAGGGGGUGGGACGCCGAUGAGGCGUUCCGUGGCGCUGCUGACGCAGCGCACGGCGGCGGCGCGUCCGGCCGCCUGGCGGACAUAUUUGACGAGCUGCUUGCAUCCGACCAGGCGCGCCGAAUGGCGGCGAUC